AUGUCUAACACUACUGCUCGCUCUUUCGGACCUGUCGACUGCAGUGACAAAGUCGAUGUCGCUGGUAAAGUCGGUGUCGCCGGCAACCACAUCUUCAUGGAUGUCGAAAACCUGCUGGUAGACUGGCCGACAUAUACGAUCAAGUUCACGCCGACCCACCCAGGACCCGUGACACUUAUAUUGUGUUUAAAAGACGCGUCUAGAUUCAAAUAUGUCAAAGAUGAAGACAGCGACACUGAGACAUCAGAAUCGAAGGCUUGCAAGAUCUCUUCGUCUAGCACGAAGGACGACCUGGAUGCGACAUUUGUCUCCGAAGAGACAACCUCCAAGACCGACAAUAACCCCAAUCUCUUUGUCGCAACUCCAGUGAGGCUCGACACAAUCAGGAAGGACCUUUCCAAAAAACGCAAACUCGGUCACGGUCACUUCUUUGGAGAUGCAGAUUCCGCUUGGCCCCCACACUGGCCUCAUGGCUACCAAAAUGUUUCUUCUUUACCUAUCUCAGCUUUUGAGAGCCUUAAGAUUACACCUGCUGAUGUAGUAGCCAUUGACAAAACUACAUACACUUUGUCCCGCUUUCAUUUUGUUACACCUUCAUUUCACUUUGCAUCAGAUACUGACACGCUCUGCAUGAGUUAUCCCAUUGUCCCAUGUACUACUAAUAGCAGAAUUCAAGUUGUAUUUCUUGUCCACCCACGAGUGCACUUCCAUCAACGAGCCGUCGAACACGAACAUUCCCAAGAGGCUUCCCAGAAUGCCCAGCCCAGUACCAUUAAGCGAAUGCAGUUUACAUUCAGUAUUGACGCUCCCUCUUCCCAGAACGCCCAGCCCGGUACCAUUAAGCAAAUGCAGUUUACAUUCAGUAUCGACGCUCCCCUCGGUUCUUUCCCUGCAACUUCCUCCUCCGCAUUGUCCCAGUGCACAUGGCUUACCUUGUUUUCUCUCUUAUCGCGGUGGCUCAAAUGCUCACAUGGUUUGGAUUUGCAGGAUGAUACCAUGCGGCAGACUUGA